AUAAAAUGGCCUUCGAAGCAAGAACCCACGUAAAUGGCAAAAUGCUAAGACAGUUUGCUGGACAAAAUGUGAGCAUAAUGUUGUGUGUCGAGAAUGAAGCCGGUACAAACUUAACUGGCAUUAGCACCGAUGAUGAAAAGAUUACAGUUCAGCUUCCGGAUUCAGUAGAUGCAACAACAGGUGAUUGGAUUGAGGUUAUUGGAAAAGCAAUGGGACCUACAAGCGUAAAAGCUAAGGAGGCCAUUCUUUUUGGUGGCGAAAAUAUCGAUUUUGACAAGGAAGGCUACAACAUGAUGGUCCUGUUUAUGAACAAUUGCAAGGAGAUUUAUCGCAGCGGCUGA